AUGUGGAUCAAUGAAACACGGAUCGUUGGUAAUGCAUCGAUUGAGAAUCUCGACUUCAAGUUGAUCGAAACGAGGAUUCGAGAUGUCGAUCAGUCGUCUUUCGCCGAUUUGGGUCUUUUCGGUGCUGAAUUUCUCGAACAACUCCUCACAGAGAUUCUUCAAAUCGGUAUUGUUAUACCGACAAUGAAAGGAGUUGUACUAAAGAGUCCAAAAUUGACAUUACAUAAUCGUUAUUUACGUGUACAAACAUUCUUCAAAUUGGAUGAGCAUUUCGCUGGACGAAUCAUCGAAGGAGCUCUGCUUAAGACUUUGUCCAAUGUUGGAUGA